AUGGGAAGAUCACCUUGUUGCGACAAAAAUGGCCUAAAGAAAGGACCUUGGACAACCGAAGAAGAUCAAAAGCUUGUUAACUAUAUAAACUUGCAUGGACCCGGCAAUUGGCGAGCUCUCCCAAAGGAUGCCGGGCUUCAAAGAUGUGGAAAAAGUUGUCGUUUACGUUGGACAAACUACUUAAGACCCGAUAUAAGAAGAGGAAGGUUCUCUUUUGAAGAAGAGGAAACCAUUAUUCAACUUCAUAGUAUCCUCGGAAACAAAUGGUCAGCUAUUGCAGCUCGCUUGCCUGGAAGAACUGAUAACGAAAUCAAGAAUUAUUGGAAUACCCACAUCAGGAAGAGACUCCUUAAGAUGGGAAUUGACCCGGUCACUCAUAGUCCACGGUUGGAUCUUCUUGACAUGUCGUCUAUUCUCAGCUCGGCUCAACUCAAUCUUUCGAACUUACUCGGACUUCAAGCUCUCAUGAACCCGGAACUUCUAAGGCUACUUUCUGGUCUUUUACCAUCAAAUCCUCCUCAAGUACUUAACCAACAACCUAAUAUUAAUAUUGUUGAUCAACCACCCACUACUCAAGAUCAAAACAAUGUGGGAAAUGAUUUCUCGAUGAUCUCAUCAGAUUUCGGGUCCCAAGAAAAAGGGAACACUAACACAAUUUCCCCAAUUGUUGUUAACGAAUGCUUUGGCUAUAAUGUUCCAAAUCUAUCGAGUAACUCGAGUUUUGACUCGGUUAGCCACAACACUUGCAACAACAACGAAUAUGUUAAUGGUGGAGACAAUAGCUUCAACAUUCUCGAUGCUAAUACAUCAACCGACUAUUUGUCUAGCCCGUUAAUGUCUAUUAAUUCAUCGUUUACAUGCAUGAACAACAACGACAUCGGUGGCGACGAUAGAGAGAGCUACUCCAACAUGCUUAAGUUUGAAAUUCCGGAAAGUUUGGAUUGGGAUAAUUUAUUCUAG